AUGAGCGGUGGCGGAGGGCCGAUUAGUAGACGGCACCAACAGCGGGCGGGCGGGUUAUCGCCUUAUUCAGACGUGUCUGACUUUGACGCGGACAACGACGACGAAGACGAGGACGAGGACGAGGAUUCGCGGUCCGAGUUUGACGUGAGCGGCGACGACGAAGAAGACGACGGGGACGACACGAGCAGUGUGGUUUCCGCGCAGUCGAGACGGUCGGCGUCAUCCAACACCUCCCGCAAGAGCAAUAACGCGAGCGACCGCAGCUUCAUCCUCGAGCUCGCAGAGCCUAACCGGGCGGACCGGCGCGCGCCGCGGAAUCCGCCGGCGUUUGCGUGCACGCUGUGUACGAAGCGGUUCACGCGGGCGUACAAUCUACGAUCGCAUCUGCGCACGCACACGGACGAACGGCCGUUCGAGUGCUCGGUGUGCGGGAAGGCGUUUGCGCGGCAGCACGACCGCAAGCGGCACGAGGGACUACAUUCUGGCGUGCGCAAGUUUGAGUGUCGCGGAGACCUGGCGGAUGGCGCGGGCAAGUGGGGGUGUGGACGGAAGUUUGCGAGAGCGGACGCGUUGGGGAGACAUUUUAGGAGUGAGGCGGGGAGGGUGUGUAUACGGCCUUUGAUCGAGGAGGAGCGCCGACUGCAGCAGCAGCAGCAGCAGCAACAACAACAGCAGCAGCAGUUGCAGCAGCAGAUUCAGCAACAACAACAACAACAGCAGCAACAGCAACUAUACAUGCCCUUUGACGACAACCUGCUGAGCGUAAACAACACGAUGGGCAGCUGGUUGCCCCAGGCGCUGCUGCAGCAGUACCCCGCGCUCUCCAACCUCAGUCUGGAAGGAGAAGGCUUGUCCGGUGGCAGCGGCAGUGAGCUCGACGAGGGCGAGUUCUCGUAG